UUUGCCGAUAGAAAUAUUAAUUCAAUAAUAUUAAAAAUACAAUAAUAAUGGGAUUAAAAUUAUUUUUAAUACUUUCCAUUGUAUUUACCGUUGGGCUCGCAGAAAAGAGGUAUAAAGCUUGUGGACAAGCUUUGGUUGACCUAGUGAAUUGUGUAUGUGAGUCGACUAACCCUAUUUUCCCGAAUAGAAAUAUUAGAAGUAUUGAUGAUAACGGAUACAUAAAAAAUAUGGAAGAGGCUUAUCCCGUAGAAAAUAAUAUUAUGACUGACCAUUCAGCAAAUAAAUAUAAUUCUAUGGUUCAUUACCGUCAACGAAGAGAUAUUGUUGAUGAAUGUUGUAAACAAACAUGUACCAGAGAACAAGUUGAAGAGUACUGCCUAGUCGUGAGCACGAGAGAGUGUUGACAUGUUAUUAGAAGCUUAACUUUAAACAUUUUUAUUUCAUUGAUUAAUAAAAGUGUACAGCCGAAAUUUGGC